AUGUCCUUGAAAAAACUUAUCAAUUCUUUUUCAAGAACAAAGACGACAACAUCUUCCAGAUCUCACAGCGAUUUCUCUUUAAAGAACGGGGGAUUAAUGGUGGAAGAACUGAUCCGGAUUUCAAACGGAGAUUACAAUCCUUUUUGUAUAUUCUCAGCUCGUGAGCUAGAGCAAGCAACCAAUGACUAUGAUCAAGAUCUUGUCUUACCUCUUGACACCAACUACAGAUUGUUUCAGGGAGUUCUUGAAAACAGGGGUACGGUGUUAAUCAAGAAGAUGAUAGAGAAAGAGAUCCAAAGGGAAAUCGCAAUUUCAGCAUACGUCAGCGCGAAUAGUAACCUGGUAAAGCUCCUGGGCUGUUGCUUAGAGACCAAGGUACCAAUGCUUGUCUUUGAAUACGUACCAGAGAACCUCUCUACCUACUUGCAGGGAGAGAAAGUGACUCUGCCAUGGCGAUAUCGGAUUCGUAUCGCUGCUCAGGUCGCGGCUGCGAUUGUCUAUCUCCAUGUCGGGAAAUCUAGACCUCUGAUUCACAGACACGUGAAGAUAAGUAACAUUUUACUGGACGCUAACUUAAACGCCAAGCUAUUUGAUUUCGGACUAUCCCUAGAAAUUCCAUCAGGUGAGACCUAUGUAGAAGCAUUGGUUGAAGGAACAAUAGGGUUCAUAGCUCCAGAAUCAGUAUAUACAUGCAAAUUCAACGAGAAGACAGAUGUUUUUGCAUUUGGUGCUACGUUUAUCGAGAUUCUAACUGGAAGAGAGCCUGUUGAUGUGUUCAUUGAAGCCUCUGGUGACCAGUUAAUUCCUAACCUUACUCCAGUUGCAAAGUCUUCUCUCAUGUCUGUCUCUUUACCCACAAAAAGAGAGCUUUUGCUGUUCUUGAAGGCGAAUCUUAUAAAGGAUGGGACGCAAAAUGCUUUAAAGUCAAGCGCAGAGCUCGCUGCAAGCUGUGUGGAUGUAUUGCCAGCGAGGAGGCCAACGAUUGAAGAAGUGGCUAAGGAGCUGAGAAAGAUUCAGAACAUGUAA